AUGCAGAAUUUAAGUCCAACAUGUACUUUCAAUAAAAAUGAAGAAAAGAUAAAAUGCCCAUCUUCAACAAAAUUGGGAUGUUCAGAUGGAACGAAAAUUAUACAACAUGAAAUUAACGAAAGAAAUAUGAUGCCCGAGAUUCCCAAUGUUUCCUUAACAGAUGAAAAUGAUUUUACAUUUAAUAAAAAAAGACACGUUUCUUCAAUUCCAAAAAAUAAUCACGAAUAUUGGGUUUAUCCUUCAUCUCAACAAUUUUAUAAUUCAUUAAUAAGAAAAAAUAAAGAUAUAGAUAAGAAUUAUAUUGAUGCUGUCGUUAGUGUUCACAAUGAAGUUAAUGAAGAAUCAUGGAAACAAAUUCUUAAAUAUGAGCAUAUGCAUAAAAGGAAUUGCACAGAUAUAACUCUACAUAGAUUUCUUGGUAAAUUCGAUGAUUUAUCAAUAAAGGCAAGAUUUAGAAGUAUAUUUUCAAGUAUGGGAAGGCCUUUUGAUAGACACGAUUGGUAUGUUAAUAGGUGUGGUACGCAAGUAAAAUAUAUCUUGGAUUAUUAUAAUGAUGAAUCAAUAAACGAUGACAAAAAUAUAUAUAUUGAUGUUAGACCAGCCAUGAAUACCUUUUCAAAUGUCUGGGACAGAUUGCGUUACCCCUUUUAUGAGUUCUACUUUAAAUAUAUAAAAAAAGAUGAACUAUUUAAAUAA